AGUGCGAUUAUUGCUUUCUUUCAUUUUCAGUUCAGCUUUCUGCUUAAAAAUAUUCAACUAGAUUUCUUGUUGUGCCAAUUUUCCACAACGUCGAAAGAAAUUGUUGUUUAAUUAUCAAUUUUCACUUGGUAAAUUAAUAUUGUAUAAUGGGUGUUGAUAUUCUUGGUUUUGCAUAUGCUGCUACAGUAGCUGCCGGUGGUAUUAUGGGUUAUGCAAAAGCAGGAUCCAUACCAUCAUUGGGAGCUGGCUUAAUUUUCGGAUCUAUUUUAGGAGUGGGAGCAUACCAACUCAGCCAGAACCCUACCAACUAUGGUCUGAUGUUGGGUACCACCACAACACUUGGAGGACUUAUGGGCUACAGGUUCUACAACAGCAGGAAAUUCAUGCCAGCCGGUCUAGUGUUCUGCCUGUCCGUCGGUAUGUUAGUCAAACUCCUGGCUAAAAACGUUGCGUCUGACAACACGCUACCCGUGAAAACUGGUUAAUAUCACAGUUACUUACCUAUUUAGCACUUGUACAGUCGCGCAAAAAAGUAGUCUACAGCUUGGUCCAAAGACAACGAGCUGGCGUAACAGAAUGAGACAGAAGAUUCUUCUAUCUCCAACAAUACACCAAGAUAGGCGUGGAUAUAUAUAUAAAUGGUGAGGGACAAAAUUUAGGAGCGCUCUGUCCCAUUUUUAUCGUGAAUUUCUAUUUCUUAUAU